GCCCCGCGCCCGCCAUGUCGGCCCAGGCGCAGAUGCGGGCCCUGCUGGACCAGCUGAUGGGCACGGCCCGGGACGGUUCAGUGUAUCUUUGCCUGCCUACAUCAAUCUGCAAGGGAGUUGCAGAAAAGCCUCAUGUUCAUCGAGCCGAGAUGAAACCAGGCAAAGGGUGAAGUUUACAGACGAUCGUGUCUGCAAGAGCCACCUCCUGGAUUGCUGUCCUCAUGAUAUCCUGGCAGGAACAAGAAUGGACCUGGGAGAGUGCACAAAGAUCCAUGACUUGGCACUGAGAGCAGAUUAUGAGAUUGCAAGUAAAGAGAGAGAUCUGUUUUUUGAGCUGGAUGCUAUGGAUCACCUGGAGUCCUUCAUUGCCGAGUGUGACAGGAGAACAGAGCUGGCCAAAAAGCGCCUGGCUGAGACACAGGAAGAGAUCAGUGCUGAAGUGUCUGCCAAGGCAGAGAAGGUGCAUGAACUGAACGAAGACAUUGGAAAACUCCUAGCUAAAGCUGAACAGCUGGGAGCUGAAGGGAAUGUUGAUGAGUCUCAGAAGAUCCUGAUGGAAGUGGAAAAAGUCCGAGCAAAAAAGAAAGAGGCAGAGGAAGAAUACCGAAAUUCAAUGCCUGCAUCCAGCUUCCAACAGCAAAAGCUGCGUGUGUGUGAAGUCUGUUCAGCAUAUCUUGGUCUCCAUGACAAUGACCGGCGUCUUGCUGACCACUUUGGAGGCAAAUUACACUUGGGUUUCAUUCAGAUUCGUGAGAAACUGGAUCAGCUGAGGAAAACAGUGGCAGAAAAGCAAGAGAAGAGAAACCAGGAUCGUUUGAGACGGAGAGAAGAGAGGGAACGAGAGGAGAGGAUGGGCAGGCGGUCUGGAUCGAGGAAUAGAGAUCGUCGAAGAUCCCGGUCUCGGGACAGGAGGCGAAGGCGCUCGAGGUCGGCGUCCCGUGAGCGGCGGAAGUCCCGCUCCAGGUCCCGCGACCGACACAGGCGCCACCGGAGCCGCUCCCGCAGCCACAGCAGAGGCCACCGCCGGGGCUCCAGAGACAGGAGUUCCAAACACAAAUCUUCUAGGGAUCGAUCUUCAAGAGAGAAGUCACGAGACAGAGAGAGGAAAGAGAAGAGCUCUUCUGAGAGGCGGCACGAGAGCACAAAUGGCAAAUCUCGUUCCAAGAGAUCAGAGGAGAGAGAAGCUGGCGAGAUCUGAACUCAAACGAUCGGUGUUGCACUGUAAAUAGUCCGAUAAACAUUCUACACAAAGGCUAAAUUUCCCAUUUAUAUUUACUGAAUACGACUCAUCUUUUGUAGUUUGGAAUUUUUAUUGUUUGGCAGAUAGCUGUGAGUUUGUAGAGACACCCAGUCCCGUACUGUUUAACAGGAUUUUGUUUUAGUAGGAAUCAAUAAAUCUGACAGCUCGUUUUCAAUCCA